GCCUUGCAAUGUUGCCACUGUAGGUAGGGGACAUGCAGCAGGUUUUUUGUAACCGUUACUCGGUUGUAACCGUUAUUUUUUAUCCAAUGUUUCCUGUAUAGGUCCCAAUUGGAUGUGGACAGUGGCAUUGCAUUUUACAGUACUUAGAAAAAAACAUCUGUAUUUUGUUGAAAGGUCUUGGUCUGCUUAACGGUUAUAGCCUUUAAUGUACAUGCUAGCCAAGGCUAUUAAUUAUUUUAGAAAUAGCGAAUUCGUCUCUUUGUGCAUGUUUGGUUAUAGAUAGUGCGGUGUAUACACUGAGUGCGCCUUGGAACUUUCUCUCUCUCUACCCUCCCUUCCGGAAUAAACUGUUGCCCUGCCUGCCAGCGGGAUGUCCUCUUCGGCUCCGAACAAGUCGAAUCUCUGGAGUAUGCGGGAGUCCUCGGUCAACGCAACACUUGGCAGCAAAGAGUCCGGUUUGGAGAUGACCGUGACUGCGCCCAACGCGCAACACGAGCCGUUUAACUCUGGAAAGCCCGUCAGCGAUGGCAACGGCGGCAGAGCGCCGUCGCUGCGGAACCGAGCUCCGCUGGACGCCAACAGCCGCUUCGAGGUGAUCACCGUGGACACAGCCGUCACGCGCCCGGUCGACCACAUUCCCGGGGUUAACUUCAACCCGCGGAUGUCCGUGUAUAGCGCCACGCGCCCCGUGAUCACCCGAGCCUACAUUCAAGGGCGAGUGUACAACUUUCUGGAAAGACCAACGGGGUGGAAAUGCUUCGUGUAUCACUUCGCAGUGUUCCUCAUCGUCUUGGCCUGCCUCAUCCUCAGCGUUCUGUCCACCAUUGACCAGUACCAGAGCCUGGCGCAAAAGACUCUCUUUUGGGUGGUAAGUUUUCAAAGACGUGUUUUUAUAUGUUCUCUGCCUUUUCAUUUAAUUUGAGUUUUACAAACCGACAAAAUUUCAUUCGGUUGCAUUUUUUGCGGGGUUUCUCCUUCAUAUUAUUCAGAACCACCAGGGGGCGCUAAAAUACCUCACAAGAUUUACGAGUGUUUUAAAUUUCUCAGGUCCCUGGUUUUCAUGUUGAACAUAUCUGCAUUCAGAAACCGUGUCUCUGUGUGUGUAUAUUUAUUAUAUGAAUCAUGAAUGUUGACUUUAUCAUUUCUAAUUUAAUAGAACCAGUUAUCUGUCCACACUGAUAUACAUGAUGUCUUUCUAGACCCAGCGACAUGCCAUGUAAUACCAUUUCAGGACAGCAGAGGGCACCAGUUAUCCACUGUUCACUGCGCCCCUCGCUUGUCCCUGUAUAGAAAACCACUAGACAUAAACUUUUAAUUUUUCAGUGCAGGCAGUCUGAUAAAUUCGUAGCACUUUUGUCAUACGUUUGUGUGUUGAA